AAACGGUAACCGGUUUCCGUAAUGAAUACCCGUCCCCACUAAAAACACUGUGCGGUGUUGUUGAUCUCAAACCAGCUGGUUGUGUUGCUUUAUCGGAAUGACAAUGUAGGAUAUGUUUUCAAUAAACGUUUUAAAUGCACUAUACCCUUGGUUCAAAUAUGCUCAUUUGAUAUUUUAAAGUCUACUGCAUCAGGCUGGAUACAACACUACUAAUGGAAGAUGUUAAUGAAUUCCGGGACGACGUCAUUCCGAUUAAACCCAAUCCAGUACUCGAAAAAUGUAUUGUGUUCAAAGUUUACAAGAGGAGAUGGUUCAUUCUGUUCGUGUUGUGCUUGCUAAAUUGCUCAAACUCCAUAUUAUGGCUGACCUUUGCUCCAGUGGCAGACCGUUCAGCCCAGUUCAUGGGUGUCACCCUGGACCAGAUCAACUGGCUGUCCAUGAUCUACAUGGUGGUGGCCAUUCCUCUCAGCUUUGGGACCACAUGGAUGCUGGACACCUUAGGACUCCGAAUCACACUGGUGCUGGGUUCCUGGCUCAACAUGUUGGGAGCUGUGCUGCGUUUCGUGGGCAUCAUGAGGAACCUACCAAGUGCAGCCAAUUUCCCCGUGGUGAUGGGGGGCCAAACCCUAUGUGCCCUGGCCCAGCCCCUGGUUAUCUUCACUCCCACCAAGCUGGCAGCCCUCUGGUUCCCAGAGCACCAGCGGGCCACCGCCAAUAUGUUAGCCUCCAUGUCAAAUCCCCUUGGGAUUCUCAUUGCUAGCAUCUUUUCCCCUAUGAUUGUGGGGACUACCAACAACAUCCCUUUAUUGCUGUUCAUAUAUGCUGUACCAGCAGCCAUUAUCUGUCUCCUAGCAACAGUGGGGAUCCGUGAUAGUGCCCCCCCAACGCCCCCCUCAGCCAGUGCCGAAAGCUCCAACUCAGAGCCCUUCCUGGAGGGAAUCAAGCUGCUCCUGAGGAACAAGGCCUACAUGAUUCUCCUGCUGUGUUUCGGCUCGGGGAUUGCUGUGUUCACCUGCUUCUCUACACUGUUGGAGCAGAUUAUGUGUGUCCGAGGGUACACUAAUGACUUUGCAGGACUGUGCGGAGGUCUCUUCAUCGUGUUCGGUAUAGUCGGAGCUGGCUUCCUGGGUCUCUACGUUGACAAGACCAAGAAGUUCACUGAGGUCACCAAGGUCAACAUGAGCCUCUCAGCGCUGGCCUGCAUUGCCUUCUCAGUGGUAUCUCAGAUGCGGAAUCAGGGAAUAGCCGUGGCCGUUGCUUGUUCGCUCUUCGGCUUUUUCGGCUUCUCCAUUUACCCGGUUGCCAUGGAGUUGUCUGUGGAGUGCUCCUACCCAGUUGGGGAGGCCACCUCAGCAGGCCUGAUAUUUAUAUCAGGACAGAUCCAGUCAGUUAUCUAUAUACUGCUUCUUCAGGGGUUGACCAAACCAAUGGCCUACUCGCCCUUCUCUACCUGUUCUGUAGGAGGGGAUGCGGCCUUGAGUUGGAGGGUGCCCAUGCUGGUGAUGGCAGGCCUGUUCAGUGUCUUUACCUGCUGCUUCGUUAUCUUCUUCCACACGAAGUACAGGAGACUGGAUGCUGAGGCACAGGCUGGUGGAAAAAAGCCAACUCUGGCAACCUGUGACAGCACAUCAAACUCUGACCAAAAGUAGGAACAGGUCAGGGGUUAACUGAACUGCUUUGAGAUCUCUAGCAUCAUUUCAGAAGCACGGAAUGUAACUGAAAGGUCAUUUCUACCUUUGCUAUACUGCUUCAUUUUCUCGUCCCAAGUGAAUGAUUACAGUUUUGACAAUAGUGAUAUUUAAUAUUGCUUAAACGGUGGUGGUAAACAGUGAUCAUAAGUUACUCGAUUUGAAACGGGGCUUUCCUUUUAUACAGUUAUGCUCUAAGAUGAAUAGCAUCUUAUACACCGCACAGUUUGUACUGAUACGGAGCAGAGGUCAUUUCGGCUCAGUCUGUUAAGUUGGACAUUAAAUGUAUGAUGCAAAAGUAAUCCAAUACCUGAAUUGACUGAAAUUUCAACGGAAUUAAACUGUGAUGGUGGUGGACAUGUAUGCUUGUGGGGUGUACAGACUAGUUCAUAAAAUAAUAUUCCAGGUAUUUGAAUGAUGGCACAUUUUUUUGUCAGUACCAAAUUCUUUUACACAUUCAAUUGUGUAAAUUUGGUAUUUUAAACUACUCCUGUAAAUAUACUUUAUAGUCAAAUAAACCACCAUGUCAGUCAUUGGUUUAAUUCACUUCUAAAUACAUACAACUUAGUGAAUUGUCAAAACACUUUCAUUUCUCCUGGAUACUAUUAUGUGCCAUUUACCACAUGCUUACACACCAACCAAGAUACAGGCAGCUGAUAAAAUGAGCCAUUUAUCUAAAAGUUCUAAAGUUAAGAAAGAGAGAUUUCUUUUGUAAGAGGAAGCCGUUUCAGUGUAUUUAUUUCAUCACUGUUCCAAAGUGUUACACAGUGACAAACAGAACUGCACUCCCCUCAGACACCAUACAGAUAAUACAGGCAGAUAAGACUCUACAGGAGUUUGAAUCAUUUCCCCAAUUUCAAUUCACAUAAAAUACAUAUAAAAAAAAUAGAGCACUCUGGAUUCAGGCUCGCCUGAGCAAAACUGAAAGCCACCCUCUGCCUUGUUGCAACCUCAGUUCUUUUUUUUAAAAGAGCCACCUUAAUAGGGCUACGAGUAACGUGGUAAAAAUGAACAGCAAAAUGAAGGGGGAGAAAGAAAAAAACCAAUACAAAGAAAUGGCAUAAGACCCGAGAGACAGAUUCUAACAUCUGUCAAAUGUACUACGUCACCAAAUAAACAAAUCCUCCUUCAAA